ACGUUACCCCGCGAUAUGCAAAUGAGCCAUCAUAACAAUGAGAAACAUGGCGGCGUUCCGGGGUUGUGCCACGGAAAUCCACUGGAUUUCGUAAUUUUUCGCCGUUUCUGAGGAUUUUCAGUCCGUAUUACACUACUUGGCUGUCGACAAAGCUGUUGUAGAAGAUCUAGACUUAGGAAAAUCUCGUUAAGGAACUCACAAGUGUUGAACGGGGAACAAAAAUCGCCCAAACCCAGCCGAUGUUAAGCAUGAUGGGCGGCUGUCUAUCUGGGUUAUUGAACAAGGAACAGAGAAGAUCAGUAACACUCCUGACAGUAGGACUGGACAAUGCUGGCAAGACAUCCACUAUCAAAGUAGUCAGUGGAGAAAACCCAGAGGGAGUGGCGGCGACGCUAGGAUUUUCCCCGCAGGAGUUUAAACUCGGACGUUAUGACAUCACCACAAUGGACUUGGGGGGUGGGAAGGGUAUCCGUGGGAUCUGGCCACGCUACUACGCCGAGGCGCACGGGUCAGUUUUUGUGGUGGACGCCAGCGACAGAGCGCGGUUUGAGGAGGCCAGGACAGUGCUGGAGGAUUUCCUGGGGGACCCACGGAUAUCAGGGAAGCCUGUGCUGGUCCUUGCUAACAAACAGGAUGUAGAAGGUGCAGCUGAUGAGAACGAUGUGUGCAGUGUUCUGUACCUGGAACAGAUGGUCAACAAGUACAGAUGUCCAUGUAAAAUUGAACUAAGCUCCACAGCUGCAGGUUUCGGUAAGAAAGUGGACCCCAACAUCAGCACGGGUUUCCGCUGGCUGCUGGACCAGAUCGGGAAGGACUUCAGCCACCUCAGCUCCAGGAUAGAGAAGGACCUGGAGGAACAGAAGGAGAAAGACGAGCAGGAGAGGAAAGAGAGAAAAGAAAGAGUGGCAAGAGCCAGAGAAGAGAGGAGAAGAAAAGAAGAAGAGGAGGCCAGAAGAGAAGGUAGAACGAUUGAGAAGAGUGAUGAAGAAGAAGAAUUUGAAGGAAAUCCCUUCAAACCCAUGGACAGAGUAAGGGGGGAUCUCGCAAAGAGGGACCAAGAGAAGAAGGAGAGAAAGUUGAGAGAAGCUGCUGAAGGGCAAGAAAAUGAAGAGAAGAAAAAAAAGAAGAAGAAGAAAAAGAAGGCAAAAGACCAAGAUAAUGAGCAGCUGGAGAGAUUAGAAGGGAAGGAGAGAUCAGAGGAAGACACAACAACGUCGACGAGUAACAACCACUCCACCUCCCACUCCGACGCCUCGCCGCAGCAGUCGUCACGGAAAGAGGACGAGGAUGAAGGAAUUGAGAUCACGCCGUCGAACUCCGACCUCGGGCAGCAGAAAACUGAGGAGAGUAGAGAAGAGAGAAAGGAGAAGAAAAAGAAGAAGAAGCGGAAGAUGAAGAAGAACAACCGGGUUGCCCCCGGCGAUGCAGACGAACCAGAGCAGAACGACACUCCCUUCCCAUCACCCCGUGGGGCGCGCGCCAUCCUGCCACCCAUCGGUCCUCCCGGAGAGAGGAUUCUCUCCGGUCGAGCGAGCAGGAAACCGGUGCUGGAGCCGCUUACAGAACCCAGUAAUGAAGGAGUGGCAAAAUGGUCGCUAGCGGAGGACUUAGAAGAACCCACAUUGGUUAGACCCUUCAGACCAAACUCUGACGAUGCUGACAUCAUCACCUGAGGAUUGUGGGAUGGAUGAUUGACAGCUACAAGUGACUGACAGGUCGUCAAACAGUUACAUUAUUUACAGUAUGGCAUAGUUAGGAAGGGGUAGGGAAGAAGCAAUACAAAUGUAUCUUCGAAGACCUCAAGAAACAGCAAAGACUGACAGAUGUGCAGUAGAAGUGGAUUAAGUUGAGGGCAGGGGAGAGAUUUGUUGAGCCCCCAAAGGUAUAAAUUGUUGGGAUGGGGUUGUACAGUAUUGAUGUACAGUAGUGAAAAGCCCCAAAUGCGUUGUUGCGCUUCUGCUAGAUUCCUGCUUUAUACAACAGUAUUCAAGGUCCCAGAAACUUGACUAGAAAAUUAACGCUAUCCUUUCGUCAUCUUUUAUAUGAAAAUUGAUACUGCCAUCUACUGUUUCUGCUUGCAUGCAACCGUCUUAAGCACAGUUAACACUAGAAAUGUUCAUUUUGAUAAUAUUUUGAAUAUAGGUUAGAUCACGUCAUUGAUGAUUUCAUUUUACUAAAACUUUUACGAUUCUAAUCUAUGUUGUAUAUAGCUGUAAAGGUAGAUGUAUAUUGUUUGCUAUGUGUUUGCUAUGCCAAUGCAGGCAUGGAUGUGCUUUGUUUUACAGUCUGUAGUUGUGUAGACCAUAUCAGUUCUGUGACUGCCAUAGGAGAAUCUGUGGAAAUAGACACAGUGCAAUGAACAUGACUGGACUGUCAGAUGCAAUGGUAAAUACAAGUUUGCAGAUGUGCCAUAUGCACCAUUGCUUCAGCUACUUAUCGGAAUAACCAAGGAGGUUAAACCUCCUUGGAAUAGCACACUGUCAUGUGAUAAUGUUAUUUUGAACGCAUUGUGAGAAUAGUAUGGAUGCCUAACAGUAGGCAUAGCCAAAGUAAUGCUUACCAAUGUGUAAAACUUCAACCUGAAUACAUCUCAAAUAUGCCUUUUACUCAGAGUAGAAAGGAUCUAAUUCAUUCUCAGCAUUUGUCAGUUUUUGCAAUAUUUAAUGCUCUUUUCUAGUAUAAUGCACUUUUUAACAGUUUGUCUCAUUAAAAAGUGAACUUUUCAAAAGUGCAACACAUUCCUAUAUGUGGUAGAAAAGGUAUCAAAUUUUACAAAAAAGACUGAGAAUGAGCCAGAUCCUUACAUCUGCUUGGAGAUUGGGAAAUGUUGUCUUCGUAUGUUUAGCACUUCUCACCAACCAGUGGAAGAAACUUGUACGAAGUAUGAUGGGAUGCUUGUUCUGAUUGCAGAUUAUGCUUUGUCAUUAAUCCUUGCAAUUGUGUAAUACAUGUACAAGUACGUUUCAAAGUACGCAUGUUAUGGCCAGUUUACAUAUGGGACCAUCGGCGUUUAGUUGCAAUAAAACAGUUUGUCGUCAAACUACCAGAUAAUGUCGAACUGCCAGAAGCAAUAUGUGUCAGAACUAAUUUAACGAAGGUUUUCCUACCAGAGCUGUUACAAAGCAUGUAAAUCUAUGUGAGACUGUAGAUACUUGUAUAAAGACAUUACAAGAACACUUGUACAUGUUGCGCAGUAGAUGGUACACAGUACAUUACUGGUUUUAGGAGAGGAAAAAGUUGUACUGACUUCUCAAGAUGGCUAGUUGUUGUAACUCACAUGUGGACUAAAUUAAUUCUUUUCUACAAUGUUAAAAUAUGUAUAUUCAUUGUUUUAAGCUUUUUAUGUUGGCAGUUAUAGUAACCACAGUAACUAACAAUCAUGGUCUGUUACCGACAGGUACAAUGUCUUGUAAUGUGUAAGAUACUGUAAAAUGUACAUUGCUCAUGCAAUGGACUUGAAAGUAAAGAUUUUAUUGUUUGUAUGAAA